CCCUCGAUCAUAUUCAAAAGUAAACAUGAAUCCAUGCAGGAGACUCGUGUUGUCAUCGCCUCUUCGCAUGGUCGUCGACUUAUGCAUCCAACAGUGAAUACCUAGGUAUUGACUGUGAGGAAGGUAGCAGUUACCAUAUUGAGAAGCUACUACUACUAUAUGUAUGGCUCUAUGCGAUCGACAUGUGCGACAAGGAAAGCGCUGGAUGGGUCUUUCCAGAAUCUAUUUUUGUUGCUUCAUGUCUACCAUAACAUCAUUCCCUGUUUACUUCACUACACUCGACAUCUUCAUACCUCUUUUUUGGAGUGAUAGCUUCUUUUUUUUUGGAAAUCUGUCUCUUGGAAUCUCCACAACCACAGCCCGGGAAAGCGGGUAUCUCCCUCACCAUCAGCUCCAAGCUGUCUGCCACCCAGCAUGCUGCGCCUAAAGCCCUCUGAGAUCGUUUUGACAACGGCCGAUAUAGAACAGACACGCCAGCGCAUAGAACGGCGAAAGAUCGUCCAGCCACUUAAUCUUUCAGUGCCCGGACGCACCCGAAUUUCAUCGGCAUAUCCAGUUGGAGCACGAAUUAGAGGCGGGGCACAGCGCUCUAGAGACGCUGCGGUUGCUAGUCUAGGCACGAUACCCAUCUUACGACCGCAGGAAGCUGUCAGCGCGUCUGUCGAUGAUGACAUGGAGCCAAACCAAGAAGCAUCGGAGACCUUUGAUGAGCUUGCGAGUCAAGAUGUGUCCGAACUUUCGCUUCCCCAAGUCGCAGAGCCUUUUGGAAACUUUGAGCUCCCUUUGAGGUCUGUACAUCCAGUAUCUGCUUCAGAGGACCAAUCGUGUGUAUAA